GGGUCGCGGUCCUCGUCGAUGGGCCGCCGGUCCCAGAUCGAGGAGCUGGAGCAGGUGUUCCGGAAGUUCGACGCUAACGGGGACGGCAAGAUCUCCGCGUCGGAGCUGGGGUCCAUCAUGAGCAGCCUGGGCCACCAGACGGAGGAGGAGCUGGCCAAGAUGGUCCGGGAGGUGGACUCCGACGGGGACGGGUUCAUCGACUUCGACGAGUUCGUGGAGCUGAACACCAAGGGGGUCGACCCGGCCGAGGCGAUGGAGAACCUGCGGGACGCGUUCUCCGUGUACGACAUUGACGGGGACGGGUCCAUCACCGCGGAGGAGCUGCACAAGGUGAUGCGGAGCCUCGGGGAGGAGAACUCGCUGGCGGAGUGCCGGAAAAUGAUCGGCGGCGUCGACAGCGACGGCGACGGCAUGAUCAGCUUCGAGGAGUUCAAGGUGAUGAUGAUGGUGGGCUCCCGCUACGACAGCACGUCCUCCGGCAAUACCCACAACAAUUAGCAGAUGGGGGAGGACGGAUUGAUCGAGAGAGUUUCCAUCCAAAUUCUCUCUCUCUCCGGAUCGUCUCUCCUCGUUCGUCGGAGGGGAAAAGGGUUAGUUUUCAUCGUCUUAUGGAAAUUUGAAGGUUCUGAUUGAUUUUCGAUGAGCAAAUUGUCUAUAAACGUUCAAGUUCUAUUGGAUUCGGUUCGUCAUCUCUAAUGGGCAUUUCAAGGGGACCACUGUUUCGUUUC